AUGGACUCGGAUGCAUUGGAUGAUUUGAACGAUUUUGAUGACGAAGAUAACGGCAAAGAGGACUAUUUUGACGACGAGGAUGCCAACUUCUUGCCUGUUCUUGCUGAGCGAGAGAUCCGCAAGCCUUAUGAUACCGACUUUGUCGUUUAUUCUCCUGCUGAAAUCCUGCAGUUUCAGCAAUCAGAGAUUGUCCAGGUUUCUGGUAUAUUGGGCUGUUGUACUGCUAUUGCUGCCACUCUGCUUAGACACUUUCAUUGGAAUAAGGAAAGACUCAUCGAGUCCUACAUGGAUGACUGUGACAAGGUCGCUGUCGAUGCUGGUGUUAUCAUGGAUGCUUCCCAACAACCCAAACCAACUGUCAUUGAAGGCUUUGAAUGUGAUAUCUGCUGCAACAACGAUACUGGGUUAAUGACCUUGGCCUUAUCCUGCCACCAUCGCUUCUGUGUUGAUUGCUACCGUCAUUAUCUGACUCUGAAAAUUGCUGAAGAAGGCGAAAGUAGACGGAUUCGCUGUCCCGCUUCAGGCUGCUGCAUUAUUGUUGAUGAAAAGGUAGUCGAAUCCGUUGUCAUUCCUGCUAUUUAUCAAAAAUACCAGGAUCUGCUAAUGCGCACAUACGUUGACGACAAUAUUUAUCUAAAAUGGUGUCCUGCUCCAAAUUGCGAAUAUGCUGUAGAGUGCAAAGUCCAUCAAGAUCAACUAAAAGAAUUGGUUCCUGCCGUUACUUGCCGCUGUGGUCAUACUUUCUGCUUUGGAUGUAGCUUGCCUAAUCACCAACCUUGCAUAUGCUAUAUCGUCAAGUUUUGGAUCAAAAAAUGCGAAGACGACUCAGAAACAGCAAACUGGAUCUCUGCCAACACAAAGGAGUGUAUAAAAUGUUCAACCACUAUAGAAAAAGCUGGUGGCUGCAAUCAUAUGACAUGUCGCAAGUGCAAACAUGAGUUUUGCUGGGUAUGUAUGGGGCCAUGGUCAGAACACGGAACAUCUUGGUACUCCUGCAAUCGCUUUGAAGAAAAGAGUGGAAUUGAUGCUAGGGAUGCACAAGCUCGUUCAAGAGUUGCAUUGGAACGCUAUCUUCAUUACUACAAUCGUUAUGCCAACCACGACCAGUCAGCCAAGUUGGAUAGAGAACUGUUUGAAAAAAUGGAGAAAAAGAUGAACCACAUGCAAGAUUCUUCAGAACUCUCCUGGAUUGAAGUGCAAUUUCUUAACAAGGCCGUGGAGGUUUUACAACUAUCCAGAAUGACGCUUAAAUGGACCUACUGUUUUGCCUAUUAUCUUGUACGGAAUAAUGCCACUCAGUUAUUUGAAGACAAUCAAUCAGAUCUGGAGAUGGCAGUGGAGGCUUUAUCCGAACUGAUUGAACAACCGAUUGAUCCCACCACCGUGUCCAAGACAAAACAAUUGGUUUUAGAUAAAAUGGCCUAUGUUUCUAGUCGCAGAGAAAUCCUACUGGUAGAUACAUCCAAAGGUCUUUUGGAGGGCCGUUGGAAAUUCACUAUUUGA